CAUCCAAACAACCUCAUCUCCACAAUCACUAUGGCCGACACCACCACCUUCCACACCACCCAGCAGGACAUCCGCAAGCCUGAGUCCCACGCCUCCCACGCCCAUGCUGGCCAGACCCCUGCCAACUCCAAUGUUUCCGCUAUGAAGUCCAUCGUCGACCAAGCCAACGCCAACAAGGGCGAACAGAUCGAGCAGACCAAGGCCAACCUGCCCCUGCCUGACCAGCCCCCCGUCGCCAGCGACUGGAACUCCGCCGAUCAGAGAACCGUCAACGUCGGCUCGGGCGGUCGGGAGGGUCCCGUCUCCGGCGAGAACAACAGCGCUCUGCGGGAGCCCGCCACCGCCAGCAGCAGCGUCCGCGUCGAUGGAUCUGAGCUGCACCAGAACACACAGCCCGGCAGCGACGUCGGCCGCCAGGGUAAGGACAACCUUGAGGGUCUGCCCAAGGAUGCCCUUGCCCGGUAAAUACCUCGAUGCUACUGCUACAUCGAAAAGCCUUUUUUUUCCUAUCAAAGCAUGUACUUUAACGAAUGAGCACUUUAAUGAACGAUCACGGUCUCCG